AACCCUUUAGUUUUGAAAUUAUAAAGGAAAAUAUUGAAAAUUUAAGGUGUGUUUAUUUAUUUAUGUAAUAAUUAGGAGUGAAUGAUCCUCCUCUCCUCCUCCUGCUGCUUCAUCAUCUUGUCAAGGAACUUACCUUCCUUUUUUCUUUUUCUGUGAAGAAUAAAGGGAAAACACACACACACACACACACACACACACACACACACACACACUCUCUCUCUCUCUCUCUCUCUCUCUCAUCAUUCAUUUCCUUCUAGCUUCCUCAAUUUUUUUACAGCUAAGUCAUGAGACCCAAUCACCAACCACCACCAUCAGCUGGUGGCUCCUCCUCGUCCAAUAAGAACCGUCCACGUAGACGAGCUGACCUUACCCUACCCCUCCCUCAACGUGACCCUUCUCUCGCCGUCCCUCUUCCCCUUCCUCCCUCCUCCAACUCCGCCCCGCCCGCCUCCUCCAACUCCAACGCCUUGCCUCAGCAAGUCAACUUCUCCGAGCUCGACCGCGUCAACCGGAUAGGGAGCGGUACCGGAGGUACCGUUUACAAAGUCGUCCACCGCCCUUCCUCUCGCCCUUAUGCCCUCAAGGUUAUCUACGGGAACCAUGAAGAGUCUGUCCGCCGUCAGAUCCGCAGGGAGAUCGAGAUCCUCCGUGACGUGGACCACCCCAACGUCGUAAAAUGUCACGAAAUGUACGAUCACAACGGAGAAAUCCAGGUUCUUUUGGAAUUCAUGGAUGGCGGAUCUUUGGAAGGGAUCCUCAUAUCUCACGAAGCUAACUUAUCAGAUCUGGCCCGUCAAGUCCUCAGCGGUCUAAACUACCUUCACCGCCGGCACAUCGUCCACCGCGACAUAAAACCUUCGAAUCUGCUAAUCAAUUCCAAGAAGGUGGUGAAGAUAGCUGAUUUUGGGGUGAGCCGAAUCUUGGAUCAAACCAUGGACCCCUGCAACUCAUCUGUUGGGACCAUAGCAUACAUGAGCCCUGAGAGGAUUAACACCGAUUUGAACCACGGGCUCUACGAUGGUUACGCUGGGGAUAUUUGGAGUUUAGGGGUUAGCAUAUUGGAAUUUUAUUUAGGGAGGUUCCCUUUCGCGGUUGGUAGACAAGGGGAUUGGGCCAGUCUCAUGUGCGCGAUUUGUAUGUCUCAGCCACCGGAGGCCCCUCCCACUGCUUCUAAUGAAUUUAGGCAUUUUAUAUCAUGUUGUUUGCAGAGGGAUCCAGCCAGGAGGUGGUCGGCGGCUCAGUUGUUGCAGCAUCCUUUUAUUCUCAGAGGACAACCACAUCAGGUUGCUCAGAAUCUUCAUCAGUUAUUACCACCUCCACCUCCUCUUUCUUCUUAGCUUUCUAUUUCUUUUUAUUUGUUUUGGGAUUAGGGGAAAAAAAUCUUCUGUAAGUUUUGAUAUAAUGAGGGUCUGGGGGGAGUUGGGUGCAAUGUCUUUCCUGCUUUUUUUUUUUCUUUUUUUUUUCUUUCAUGUUUUUAUUAAUCACUCUUGCUUCUGAUAAAAGAUAAUCUUUACAAUAUUAGAAAAAAAAAACUCUGUUAUGACUGGCCUUCUUCUGGUUUUGUUUAUUGCUUUAUAUGCUCUUCACCAGCUUGCUUAGGGGUUCUUUUAAUCAUGUUCUUAAUACCCUUAUUAUUUUUCCAAUUCAGUUUAUGGGGGUUUGUUAAAUUUUCUGGAAAUGGCCUUGAUUAUGUGUAGAUGGAUCUAGAUUUAGCCUUAGUUGAUAAUUGUUGUAAACAAAAAGGGGAAUGGAUGCCUUAUCUCUGUCUGCCGAUUAUCUUAUCCUGGAGGGGGCUGAAUGUAAAAAGUGGAAAUUCCAAAUCUUGUUUUUGGAAAUCUUGUGUUGUUCUUUGGAUACCCUUUUUUGUUGUUGCGAAAAUUGUGCAUUAGUGGCCCCUCCUCUAUUAGCCUAUCUAUCUUGUGAAGGCAUGCUCAUUAAUUAUAUGUCAUAUAGGCAAAUAAGUGAGCGGGAUUUAUUAGGUGGAUUCCAGGUUUUUAUUGUUAAUGAUGUUUUAAGCUUGUUCCACUUAUGGAAAGUUAUGAAUGCUACUGCCUUUUGUUCACCGCUAGAUUUGUCUAAUUUGUAAUUCCUUCAUUGACCUUUUUGUAAGUUAUUACUUUACAUGGAAGGUAUGAUUAGUGAUUUUGUUGUGGUUUUUAAAUUGGGAUUUCUCUCUUAACUUUGCUUAUUUAUUCUCUUAGUCAAUUCAUACACUGCAACAAUGAUGGAUUAUAGAGUUCUAAGAUGCAUGCAUUUGUGUGAUUGAGUCUGAGGAAGAGCAAUGCACAAAUAACAUUACAUGUGUGUUUGAUUGAGGUUACUAUUGUUUGUUUGGACUUUUGAGAAGGUUAAUGUUUUAUCAAUUUGAUUUUUUCCUGACAUGCCUUUAAUCUGGCAAGUUUGUUUGGAUGUGGUGGUUUGGUUUGAUGUCUGGUUUUGUUUAGAUUCUUUUGCUGUUCCAAAAUUUGGACAACCUGCCUCAAAGUGUCUCUCUGUAGACUGUAGUCCUCUGAUUAAUGUCCAAUAAUAAUUGUAUGAGCAACCCAUUGCCAGAUGAGAAGGCCUUGGAAAAAUGGCAUUGCCACCUAUGUUACUCAGACUCAAGUGCAAGUGUUGGAUAUGAGUAUGUAUGCAAUAAUAGUAUUGUCAGAUUUUUUAAAGUUUUUCCAAAGGAUCAAUGAAGAUUACAUCUUUAUAUCCAUAUAUCGAGCACGACUUGUCGGAUACACUAAAAAGAAAAACAAGAGCUGGAGCAACAUAGAUAGCUGUCAAUACUUAAACAAGUUGAAAAUUGAGUCGGUGUAAUAUAGAUUGCAGCCAGAAUAGCUGCUGGGCUGCUGUUUGGGAGAAUGAUUGGUAAUUGAUGCAUUUGUUGAAUAAUAUUGCUUGCAUUGUAUCUAGGCCAUCAUAAAUUAUAUAUUCUUCAACUGCUGAUUAUUAUUAUUAUUAUUAUUUAUUUUGCAAACUAAACUUUUAUGA